UUCACGUGUGCGCUGCGUGGAGCGAAAGUGUCACCGUUUGAGAGAGGAUUUAUUUGAACUUCAAAUUUGGUCACAUUCAGUAGGCUACCUUGCAUACUAAAAGGGGAAAUCUAUAUGGGAAAACUAAAGUGGAUGUUUUGUAUUUCACGUAAAUGCUCCGUAUGGAUUUCCAGUUUUCAUGUGGUUUUAUUGACAUCUGGGACUAAGAUUUCACAAGUGAUUUUUUAGAUAUUCAGCGCCGCUAUUUUGCUUUCAUUGGACAUGGGACCGCGUUGUGGGCUUGGGGUAGACGGUACGAGAGGAAUUGUGUCUCCCUAAAUGAAAUUUGGUUUUAGCGACAAAGGGAGCUGAGGAGCGGACUGCGCGCAGUGAAGAUGCGUUCCAGCCGAGGCUUCUUAUUGCUGCUUCUGAAUGGGACGACUUGUUUGCUCGCUCUUGGACAGGAAGACCCCUCCCUGGGGCACAAAGUCCCCUCCAGUGAGCAGGCUAAGACGGUUGGUGUCCUGAGAGGGCAAAGUCUCUCUCCCUUGGGCCGCUGGAUGUUGCACACCAAAAGCCGGGCGGCCAACACUACGGCACUGGAGCUUCCCUACCGAUCCCCGGUGCCCUUCUCCAAGCAGGAGUUCUGGGAGAUGCUGGGCAGCGAUUUGCGGCCAGACACCAGCCCCUCAAGGGUCAAACGACGCCCCAUCGUCAAGACAGGCAAGUUCAAGAAGAUGUUUGGCUGGGGGGACUUCUACUCCAACAUCAAGACUGUGCGGCUCAACCUGCUGAUCACGGGCAAGAUAGUGGACCAUGGCAACGGCACCUUCAGCGUGUACUUCCGCCACAACUCCACCGGCCAAGGCAACAUCUCCGUCAGCCUGGUGCCGCCGGUCAAGGCGGUGGAGUUCGACCUGGAGCGGCAGAGCGUGGUCUAUCCCAAGGACUCCAAGAUCUUCAACUGUCGGGUAGACUACGAGAAGGUGGACCGCAACAAGAAGACCUCGCUCUGCAACUAUGACCCGUCCAAGACCUGCUUUCAGGAGCAGACUCAGAGCCACGUCUCCUGGAUCUGCUCCAAGCCCUUCAAGGUCAUCUGCAUCUACAUAUCAUUCUACAGCACGGAUUACCGCCUGGUCCAGAAGGUCUGCCCUGACUACAACUACCAUAACGAGAUGCCCUACCUGCCAUCAGGGUAGAGGUGUGUGAUGAAGGGCAGAAAUGGCAGUGGGGGCAUGUGGAGAAGUACAGUCACAGCACAGAGAAGAAGGGGACUCAUUGAAGGGCUUUUGGGAAUUAUACAGUCAUGAUUCACGAAACUCACAGGAAUUUCCUGUUCUGAUGUGCCCAAGGCUACUUAUUUAUUAAUUCAUCAUAAUGUUUUUAUGAAUGUAUUUAUAUGCAUUUGUUUAAAUAUCUAGCACAUAGCCCAAUUAAACCCCCCCAUCAACAAAAUGUGACCAAGAUACCCUGAAAUGAAGUGACAAGAGGCCUAGACAAAGCUUCACAUGAAAGACGAGCCAGAAUAACUUCACUUUCUUCUUCAAAAUGGAAAUCUGACAUUUUUAUCACACACAUUCCAAAAAUGAAGUUCACGCGCAUUCAUAAUAUUGCGAAUAUAAAUAGAGCACUUCAAACUGCCGGAGAGCCGAGAACGGGAGGACUUGUUUCUGUUCGACAAUAGCUGUUCUAAUUUAUUCUGUCCUGCCACUCAAUAUACCACAAGAAAUCUGAAAGGCAUUUGAAUUAAAACAGGAAAGAAAAACGAGAUGUGGAGUUUAAUUAAGUGGUGCUUUCACUCUAUUGUUCUCCCCAUUUUACAAGAUAUUGCGAUAGCCAUGCCGGUUUCUAUUAAAAAAAGAUAAAAGUUUGUUGUAAUCAUUUAGACCUCCUGAUGUGAAACAUCUCCUCCCCUCGCCUGUGUGAAGAAAGAUAUUCUUCCCCUGAAAAUUACAGUGUCGUCACUAGUUUGAUGUGUACCAGGUACAGUAAUUUGCAAACAACGUAUAACUGGUGCUUUAUUUUGAUCAUGUGUAUUUGAGUCUUCUGCAGAAUGGUAAUAUAAUAUUAAAUAUUUAUAUUUUCACAAUGGCUAUAGAAAUGACAGUUUACUGGAAAUAUAAAGUGUAUGCCAUAACUAUGCACUAGAAUCAUCACUCAUCUCCCCCUUCUUAAGAGUACAGAAAACAAACCAGAGCUCAAACUGCAACUUGCAACUAGGGCUGUCACAAUUCCCUUAUAACCAUCAUGCUGGUCUUUAUUGAAACCAGUUCGAUUUUCAUCACCAUGAUUAUGCAUUUUUUUAAACAGUAAAUGUUUAUACCAUUUUUCAGUAUUGUUGAAUGUAAAUAUAUACUAUAAAAAAUGCUCAAAUGUGUAUUUUCAAUUUGAAAACACUGUAAUGCUACCUGCUUCCAUCUAUGCAGCUCCUAAAUUGUGCUUUGUUCUGCAUAUGCCUCUCCCCUGUCUUGACAGGAGUUCUAGUCUACACCUUAAACUUAGCCAACUGGUCAAUCCUGGGGAGUGACAUAGUUCUAAAGACUAUUGGUUUUGAAACUGGAAGUAGUCUAGUCAUAUUUCUAAUUGCGGUACCAAGACAGCUAAUGUUGAUUUAGAAAAAGACAGACUAUAAAGAUUUGAUGUGAACAUAAUGUUCAUUCUUAUCAUUCACUUAACAACAAUCAAAUUCUUGUCAACUUGCUUAGAUGUGGUGGUGGGAGAAGUGUUAUGUCUUACCUUUAUUGGAAAAACAAGCAAUGAAGUAUGUGCAUUUUGAGCAAUCCAUCAGAGUGGGUAUUCAGUACAGCAGGAAAUGUAGUCACCCCUGUUUGCAGUUUCUUGAAACCGAACAAAGUGCUUGUAUUCUAAGCACAGAACCUCAAGGACAAUGCCUAAAACAGUGUGCUAAGACAGACUACAAUGUCUUUAAUGUUUAGACAUAUAUGCCUAAUUAUUAUUUUUUUAUUCAAAUUGAGUGAUUUAAUUAAUUUAUUUUACAAAAAGGUUUUUUUUUUAUUCAAUGAAAGGCUGUUUCUUUAUGAAACAGUGGAAGUAUAUGCUUAAGCAGUAACUUAUGAAUAAUAUAAAGUCCAGUGAUGACAGUCUUAAAUGUAGUGUUAGGCAACACAGCCAAAAAUUGGCUCCAAGAAGACAGAAGGUAAGAACUCCACCUACUGGUUCUGUAUGUAACUGCCUAGAGAAUUAUUACAAUAAAGCUGUGGUUUGAACAGGCUGCAACAGUAAUUACUAAGUAAUUCCCUUUGCUUGUUUUUUUGUUUUUGUUGUUGUGUGUGUGCGUGUGUGUAUAUGAAACCAUUCACCAUGAUUUGGCUUAUGGUUCUUCCUCAAUCCAAAUCUAAUUUCAUGUGGCAGCCCUACUUGCACCAAUAUAUUGUAGUGAAGUCCCCCCAGCCAACAGUUACCUCAGAAAAGCUAUUAACACAACCUUCUUAUCGCUUCCCCUUCACACAUCUACUGAUUUGGUACAUGACUUUUUAAAACUUAAGGAAUGGCUACAUUAAGUGGGAACUACUUUAGAGCAGUUUUGUAUAGCUGGUGCCUAGCUAGCCAGUGAAUGGGACAAAGUAUGAGGUAAAACAUACUUAAAAUAUGGAAAUAUGAAGGCCAUUCGACUCAAGUCACAUUAUCGCACAAUUCAGCAGCAGCAAUGAAGUACCAUAAACCCAGCCCUACCUAUCAGCAGACAUUAUAUCCUAGAAGAAAAGUUCACCUUUAUCAUUCAGUUUAAGCAGAAAACAGAAGGAAACAUCUAGCAACACAUGCAUUACCCUGUGCACCAAAAAAAUUCUGUUUUAAAGAGAAGAUUAAUUAACUUCAUUCAUGAAUUUAAACUAACACAUACUUUGCUACCUUGCCGUUCAUGACAAUAGGAGUGGGAGGGCUGUUCCCUUGAUGCACUGGGAAUUCAGCCCAGUGAGCCCACAAUCAUGGAGAAACAAAGAAGUCCUUUCCUCUGACUCUACACCCUGCCCUGCUCCUGCACUGCCAGUCAUCCUGUCUGGCUCUAAGCAGCACUCCACCGCCCAAGCCAUUUGGAAAUCACAGUGCUGGGAGCAUGAACAAUGCGGGCAAAUCUCUGUUGGAUUACUGAUUUACAGUUUUACUGUACUCCGGUUCACUCACUUCAGGAUUCACUCAUUCAGAUAAACAUGCUCGCACACAAAAACACAUGUGCUGUUCACAUCAUUCGAUCAUUUGGUCGCUUUCCAUGGUUUAUGACAUUACAUUUUGUAAUCAGAGACUGCUAGUUUUAUCUCUACUGCCUUCUCAAAAAGGAGGAAAAGUUAGGAUUUUGAUCAACUCUCACCGCCCAUAGGGGGGAACUGAAUGCUGCUCUGACCAUGAAAUAUGCCACCAGACUACACUGCUUUGCCCAACAUAGUACACAAUGCUCACAAUGAAGCAUACACUCCAGAACUGACUGACUGAUAGAAACUGGCUUCUGGGUACCUCUUUAAGGGCUCCACCUCCCACUCCUCUGCAGCGGAUGAGGACAGUGACUGCUAAUGCCAGUGCUAAGUGCAUUUCCCCAGGGUGGAGGGGAGGUGGGCCUGGGUUCAUUGUUACAGGCCACACUGCUGGCUUGUUUAGCCUUUCUGAGGUACAGAUCAUUGCUGUUCAAUAUAAAAUGAUACAAGAACAGCAGCAGCUCUGUACUAUCUCAUAAAGACACCCCCAUCUUUGGUUCAGAUUAAAACUCUGUUGAAAAGUC